UAAAUAGCAAUUCCGAACAUUUUUGGCACAGGAUGAUAAUCGACUUGAUUGUGCGGGCAGGCGUGGUUUAUGCUGUGGUUGUGGCCACCAAACACUUCGGUGUAUGGGGCCCGUCGGAUGAAACGGAAGAGCUGUACAAUAGAACCGCGGAGAAGAUCGAACCGUAUGCGGAGCAGGCACGUCGCAAGCUGAAAAUAUGUGCGCCACGUCCACCGCCCGACGGCAGCUGGAGGUUCUCUGGUGUACACUACUACAACCAGGUGGUGAUUGCCUUCUUCGACGUUAUCAGCGCCGUGCCCUCGUUUCUGCAGCAUUGGCUGGAGCAGGUGCCUGGGAUGUUGAGCUUCUUGGUCGCGCGCAUUCGCAAGUUCUACAGCGACUUCAUGUCCAAGAGAUCGAAGAACGAAGUUACAACCAAGAAACAUAUCGACGAGAGACCGCUGGUGCAGCCGAUUAAACCCGGCGCCGAAUCGAAGUGCAAGUGUGGCCAGCCGACGGAUCCGGGUCUGGUGCCCAACGACGGGACACAAUCAUCGUUCUGCAAUGACAAGGAAUGUCCCAAGAGAAAGGUUCCGUGCAAGGAGCGAUUCAAGGAUGAUUUCAUCUACAAGCCGCGAAUGCCCAAGAAGCCGCAGUGCGAUUGCCCCAAGUGCAGGAAACGACAGGAAGAGGGCUGGGCAGAUAAGAAGCCCAAGUGCCCGGCAGUCCCGUCAGCCGAAAGCCCCCCCAAUCCCAAUCAGCAUUGCGAUCCAAAACCCAAGAAAAAGUGCGCAAUCUGCUCUGCCCCGCACCCUUUUGAUACCGACUAGCCAAAUAUUCCACUGGGCAUUUACAAACCUUUUAUCAGACUCACGACCGUGGGAUGCUUCUCGAGGCGCACUUCCUGUCCGUUCACCUGAAAGUGGAGACCAGAAACAUGAGAAUACCCCGUCGAAUACUGGGUAGAAACGCUCGAAGAGACGACAGACCUUCAGUAUCAUAUCGCCAGCGACGAGACCAGCAACCUGGGCUGCCCCGUCAGGCUUAACGCUCUCCACAAACACUGGAUUGUCGCCGGAAACCUGGAGGAUAGACGCAACGAGGGAAGAUGUUAUCCUGGAGCACAAUAAAGGCGACUGAUGCCCACACUCA